AACAGACUUUUGUUUAAUAUAAGCCGGAUUUAAGAGUUCGCCAUGGGGAUUUGAAAUCUUCUUAAUACAUGUGCUAAUACGUGUAUAUAUCUGCUGACAAGAUCUGAGUAUGAGCAUAAGAACAUUCACUGAGCGCUCGUUCGACUUAUCGGUUGUCUUUGAAACAUAGUCAGUUCUGCCAGGAACUUUAAUCAACCGCGGAGCGGCAAGAUCGAAAAUCGGACACAGGGAUCUGCUCUUUGGCUAAAAUGAUUUUCAACCGGUUUUUAAUCAGAGCUGUUCUCGACGGCAAAGCUGGAUCCAGGUCUGUAUUCACGAGCUCCAAGCCAGACACUGCCAACCCCAACUGGUUGAGAGUUGGCCUUGCCUUUGGAACAUCUGCUCUCCUUUGGGGCCUGCUCUUCAAGCAGCACAGCACAGAUGUACAUGAGUACAAAGUGAGGAAUGGUCUGGAAUAACCCACCACACUGGAGUCCUCAGGUUCUGUCUCUGGGAUGGACCUGUUCCUCCACUUGUUUCUAUUUCCACUGUUCCUGAUUCCUCACUCUGCAUUCUGUGUAAAAUAAAAUCUAAUAUGUGAAAAAGA